AUGAUGCCGUGGUUCCAGGGGGAAAAGGUAAUUGGGAGGGAUGAAGACAAGAGGACUGAAUGGUGAGGUCUCCAGUCUGAACCUAAGGCUGUUUCAGGGGAACUUUGGAGAGGUGUUCAGUGGGCGUCUGCGGGCUGACAACACUUUGGUGGCGGUGAAGUCUUGUCGGGAAACUCUCCCACCUGAUCUCAAGGCCAAGUUUCUGCAGGAAGCAAGAAUCUUGAAGCAAUACAGUCACCCCAACAUUGUGCGACUCAUUGGCGUCUGUACCCAGAAACAGCCCAUCUACAUUGUCAUGGAGUUGGUACAAGGUGGGGACUUCCUGACCUUCCUUCGGACGGAGGGUGCCCGGCUUCGGGUGAAGUUGUUGCUGCAGAUGGUGGGAGAUGCCGCGGCUGGCAUGGAAUACUUAGAGAGCAAGCGCUGUAUCCAUCGGGAUUUGGCUGCUCGGAAUUGCCUGGUAACAGAGAAGAACGUCCUGAAGAUCAGUGACUUCGGAAUGUCUAGGGAGGGGGCAGACGGAAUCUAUGCGGCCUCGGGGGGUCUCAGACAGGUCCCCGUCAAGUGGACGGCGCCUGAAGCGCUUAACUAUGGGCGUUACUCCUCGGAGAGUGAUGUAUGGAGCUUUGGAAUCUUGCUUUGGGAGACCUUCAGCCUGGGAGCUUCCCCCUACUCCAACCUCAGCAACCAGCAGACUCGGGAGCUCAUAGAAAAGGGUGGACGCCUGCCCUGCCCAGACCUGUGCCCAGAUGCUGUGUUCCGGCUGAUGGAGCAGUGCUGGGCAUAUGAUCCAGGCCAGCGACCCAGCUUCAGUGCCAUCCACCAGGAACUACAAGGGAUUAGAAAACGGCAUAGGUGAUGCCACGAGCAGGAACCUCGAUUUCCCUUUCUCUGCCCCUACCCCCUAGGACAAUACCCUAAUUGGUGGGGCAUGAUUCUCCUCUUUAGCCUCAGCUUUUUCAAAGCCUCAAGGCUGGGGAGCAUGGCGAGUGCCAGCAGGAUCCCUGAGUCUCCCUGGUUGGAGCCAACCAAUCCCCCUAGACCCACAAUUCUCACUGCCAAAAUCAGUGCAGGGACGAGGUUCUGCAUUGGGUCUGUUCUGCACCCUCAUGUGCUUCUAGGGUACAAGGUGCUUCCUUCUGUAAGAAAUAAUAAAGCUACUUAUCCUUACUCUGGAUACUUUGAAUUCAGCUUACUUGGUGAGGCUGGGCACCAGUACCUUGAAGCUUUGACAGGAAUAUAUCUGCAGGGCUUCUGUGGUAUGUGUGUAAAGGGUGGAGAGGGCCCUGCAUCCUGUGAAAGUAGCCAGAUCUCCUUUUCAAGUUACUAGGGACAAAGGAGAGAUGGCAGAGACCUGAGUCUAGGGCCCAGUUGGCAGGCAGCCCUGUCUGAACAAUAGACACUAAAGAACCAAAGAAAUCUCCCUGCUGGGAAAGUUAAAAGGAGCUCUGGAUAGGUCAUAAAGAAUCUUAGAAUUGGAAAGGACCUUAAAGGUCAUUUAGUCCUUCCUCUUACCCAGUGCAAGAAUCCCUUAUAUAUAAUAAUGUAGCUGGAAAAUGCCUCUGAGAACUUUCCCUUA